AUGGGACGCAGGAUUCGUGUCUGGGGAUGCUGCGAAGGGACAGGCAUUGUGGCCUACUUGAUGAAACACUUCAGUGAAUCCUGCGGGUUGGAAUCUGACCUGCUUUUCAGCAACGAGAUAGACCCAAAGGCCAGGGAUUGGUGCUUGAGACAGGGGAGGCAACACUUCUAUGCAGACGUGACAAACUUUGAGGAAGCAGCCUACUGCCACGUUUGCCAGUGUGAGCACGAUCAGAGCAUCGACCCUUGGCACUUGCCAGAGGCAAGUGCAAUUCGGUGCUGCCUCAAGAAGAUUCGCACCUUGAACCCGAGAUGUUUUGUGAUAGAGGAAGUGGUGGAUCUGCUGAAGGGCUUCAACCCCCCACUUCAGCAAGAUGAGUUCAAACAGUACAAGGCAGCAGGGCAGUGGGAAUGUCGUGUUUCGAACACAGUGGAACAUACCAUUUUGGUUUCUGUUGUGGACGACACCAACGUGCGACUGUCAGAGAUUCCAUGUGGAGCAAUGGGUCAUUGGCGGGAAACGGAGAAGAAGGAGGAGACCGGUGCCACCACAAAUGGAAUCCAAACGAAGCAGGAUCCACAGGGAUUUGGCAACGUGGGACAACGGCUUUCUGAGUCAACUAUGCAGAGCAACCUUCACGAUCAGAAGGUGGCCGAAAUAUUGCAAGCUCUGUCCGAUGCUCAAGUGCAACCAGACAGUUCCGAUGAAGAGGAUGGUUCUCAUCAGACUCGCAGGAACGAUGAGAAAUCUUGGGCUUCCAUUUUGCUGAAACAUGUGGGAGAAGACAAAGAUGACAGCCAGUCAUAUGCACAGGUCAACACGAAACGAAAGCUUCUGACUUUCCAAGCAUUUAGGGAUAGCACAAUCAGUCAAAAGCCUAUUGCGUUGGACAGUCUCCUCAGACCAAAUGUCGCCAUGAUGAACGUCCUCUUCCGAAGGACAGAGAUUUUGUCAGCCAUAGCGAAGCACGUAUCUGAAACUGCAUCUUUGGAUACGUUGGACGAAAUGAAGAAGAAGUCAGCUGAAAUUUUCAAGCAGUUCGUGUCUGGUCAGAUGGGGGAGUCGAUCAUAUCUGACUACGUCCUUGGAUUGAACAAUUUUCCUCGCCUGGGCUGCAAUGAACUUGCGACAGAAUAUUUCCGGUUGGCACUUCAAGGGAUGGGGGAGCAUUGGCGCAGGUUUUCCUUCAAAUUUCAUGGUUUUCCCUAUCCUAUUUUCAAGCUGGUCGACAUUGAGAAUGAUCAAGACUUCCUUGCCGAGUACAAGAAGCUCCAGAAUGUCAUGACAACAUGUCCAAAAUGUGUGGAUUGUGAAUUCUCUACAGGCGUUCUGAAUUUCAUUUCGCCCGAAUGCUGUUUGAGUGAAGAGGGUGUUUCCGGACAAAUUGGCGUUUUGAAACGCUUCUUAUACAGUCUGUGCUGUAAUGCGCCGCUUUCCACAGACGUGGUAGAAUGCUAUCACGGCUUCACCCAAUGCCAGCUAUACAGGAUGAAAAAAUGCACAAACAAGGAUACCUUCAGUCUGGAGAAGUUGGACCGCAUGGUGACAUUUGAGCAGGAGCUGCCAGACCUACGGAAGUUGUCAGGAUGGAAUAUUUUUCAACGUGAGCAGAUGCAGAAGCAGCAGCUGACUCCAGAUGAGUGGCGUUCGAAGCUCUGUGAAUCUAGAGACAAAUGGGCCAGAUUGGGCGAGGAUGAGCGGCAAAGUUACAUUGCCAAAGCUGCGGAGGAAGAAGGACUCAGGCGUGAGGCUUGCAAACAGCCGUUUGCAUCCAGAGGCAGCCAUUCUUCCAUUCCAAAUUGCCCGGAAGAUGGGACUUCCCCUGCGGCAUUCGACGCUGCCAGUCAUUUGGGACGCAACAGCUUGAAAAAAAAUUCCAGACACAGAGUUUUGGCCACAUACCGAAGGUUCAGGGAGGCUCCGGAGUGGGCUAUGUACAAUUGUGGGCUUGCCAGCUAUGAUGGUGCAUUGCAUCUGGAUUUUAUUGACACGGAGACUCGUGACGAGGAGAUCCAACAGGAAUGGCAGAACUUUGUGAAGGUAGACUAUAUUUGGUCAGAGUUGAAAGUUCCUUCGGAAGCAGAUGCAUUGUCACAGUUGUCCUUCGUCAUUUACAAGUUCAUGGUGAACCCGUUUGCGCCAUUGUUACAGGUGAGGGCCACAAGGAGUGGCAACCCACACAAGUUUGUGGUUCCAAAGCCAGCCAAGGUUCAAACAAAGUUACCUUUUGGGUUGAAAGCAGAAACCAGGAAGAGGAAAAAAACUGUUCCAGCUCCACCGCCGAAAGGUCCGAAGAUUGGCAAUGAACCAUCCAAAAGGAAGUCUGAUCAAGUUUUUCUGGAUUCAGAACCGGAUUUCAGUGCGAGGUCGCCUGUGGCCUCAUCUCCUUCUUCUUCUUCUGUGAGUGGAAGUAGCAGUGACAGUGAUUCCAGUGAUGAUGAUGAUGAUGAUGAUCAGGCAGAGCGUCCAAUUUUGAGUGCAGAGAUGGCCAAAGAAGACGCAGAAAUUCAAAACGUUUUCGAGAGCCACCAAUCACAAAUUGAAAGAAGAGGUGAAUUGUUUUGUCCACGUGGUGUGGACCCGGACCCGGAGCCCACAUCUCGAACAGCAGGAACAUGGUGCAAGGGUUUGAUGGAAGUAUCAUUGCAGGUUGCAGCCAAGCUCGCAACUUGCAGGCAUUGUGUUCAGAAAAUUCAGAGGGAGGAGGUGCGCUUUGGGUUUUCUUUUAAGCGCAACAAGUUUCACAGCUACUUGCACUCUCAUUGCGUCACCCCGCAUUUGCAACAAGAGGAAUCAGACCUGUGUAAAGAUGUGCAAUUCUUGAAAGGAAGGUUGGCUGAAGAUGACUGUGCGGAAAUCAAAUCUGCAAUUCGGAAAGUCAUUCAAGAGCUCGACGUUUGA